CUUGUCGCAUGAAUGUGACGUCAACCCAGUCAGCUAAGCAAAUGGUGCUACACGUGCACAUUUAGUAAACAUUCAGCUUAUUCGUAACCUACAGUUCAUUUCACAUAUCGAUAUAUAAACACUUUCAUUGAAAGGCUUUGCACGUUCAUGUCAGACCCCAUAACAGUUUGCCGACCGCUUUCGCCAUUCAAAAGCCUAUAGCAUACUGCUAUGAACGAAGAUCAAGAAAACAUCUUCCCUGUUGAUGACGAUUUAUUCGAUGAAACAUUUUCAGCGGAUUGUGUCUAUACAUUUUGUGGCGAGGAGUUCAAAAUCAAUCAGGCUUUUAGCGCCAACUUGGGGGUGGCUGCUCCAGUGUGGGAUGCUGCUCUCCAUUUAUGUCGCUUCUUUGAAGAGAAGCGCUUUCCUUUGAAGGGAAAGAAGAUAAUCGAGUUAGGUGCUGGAACUGGUAUUGUGGGAAACUUGGCAGCACGGUUAGGAGCUGAUGUAACAAUCACAGAUUUGCCACUUGCUGUCCCACAACUCCAGAGCAAUGUCUCUGCCAACACACCUUCAGGGGGCUGGCCCUCUGUCGAGCCCACUGUGGUCCCUCUGUCCUGGGGUCAGGAUCAGAAGAACUUCCCCUCAGACUGGGACCUGGUGCUAGGUGCAGACAUCGUCUACCUGUCUGACACUUACCCACUUCUCUUAGAGACUCUCACUCACCUGUGCGAGGAUGGAGCGGUGGUGUACCUGUCAUCCAAGAUGCGCAAGGAGCAUGGAACUCCCUGUUUUUAUGACGAUGACCUGCCUCAGAAAUUCCAAGUUGAGUUGGUGCAACGUGACCAAGAGCAGAACAUAAAUAUUUACCGGGCCACACUGAGAGAUGUAUGACCGCUUGCAUCAGUGUUCAAAAAGAUUCCUCCAUGUUUCCUAUCUAAGGUUUCAAAGAUGAACCACAACUGAACAUACACAUUUAUAAUACCUUAACCAAAGUUACACAUUUUUUACACUUUGGAAUAACAGCGCAUAUAGUGGUAAAUUGGAUUUUUUUUUUAAUUGUAGUGCUUGAUACAGACAUACAUACAGCGGAAGCAAAUCCAUUGAGUCCAUCAUUUUCAUGUUGAACCAUUCAGUGACAAGUUUACUUUUUAAGCUUUGACAAUGACAUUUAUGUUUAAUUACUACACAUUUUUGCCUUUUUCUUUGUUUUUACAUGUGUUUAACAUCAUUGUUGAAAUUAAGAGUUUAUAGAGUAUAUGGUGCUUCACGAUUUUGUCAUAAACAAAAUAUCUUUCAACUUCAAAUGGUAUGUUUUUAAUUGACUGAAAAGUGCAAUGAGACAUGAAUAAACAGUACAGCCGGUGGUUCCGUCCAAAGGCAAAUAUUUUUUUUGUCCACACAGACAGAUUUUGCUAUCAGUGGCACCCUGGUUGCUAAACGAGUGCAUCCUUUCAUCGUUUUUUUCCUCCUGCUCUGUGCUGAUGCACUGAAUUUCUGUUCAGAAAGAAAAGCCUGUUUGUUCCGCUGGGGAGUUUCAAAGAAAGCGAGAGCAGCCCCCCCUCCCCAUGCACUACCGCUCAGAGGAGAAAACAACAGAUCCCUAUCUACAGUCAAACUGUGUGCUCUCUCCUCCAAUAUGAUUAUUAAUGCAAGCAGUACACACUUAUGAGAGUGACAGAGGUCCUAUAUACAUAUACCUCUAUUCAGAUACUUUUCAGAGUUCAUCAUUGGGAUAUUAACACAACACUAAAAUAUUGGACAAAUUGGCCCGUUAUAUUCUAACAUAAAGUUCUGUUAAGCGUGUCUGUGUGUGUCAUAUUUUCUGAAUGUGAAUGCGAGGCCUGCUUUAAAACAUGGCUUAUUUGUUGGCUCCCACAAAUGUCAAGUAAAUUGGAACUCAAAUAUUCUUAGUGUAAAUCAUUUUUGUUCUCAGACUUACCAUGUGCACUAUGUACAUACCCUUUUUAUUCACAACUAUUUCCUUUGUAAUUCCAUUGGUUAAGUCAUUUGCCCAAUAAACUCAUUGGAGACACA